AGAGAAAGGGAGGGAAGGAGGAGGGAUUUAAUCCUGGUGGAUUACGCUGGUCCCAGAGAGUCCAUGCAGGAGCCGGAUGGUUAGUGUGUUUCAGGACCUGUCCAGCACAGCCUCGUCCCGACACCCUUUACCCACGCCAUUCACCCCAGCCCGCUCACCCCCUGCCCCAGGUCUGGACCACAGAACGGGCCCUAGUACCUCCUGGAUCUCCGGAGUCAAGAGCUAGGCUGCUGUGUGUCUCCACUCUGCUCUUGAGUGCAGGCUCUGCUCAGGAGAGUGUUUGUGUCCCUCGCCGUCGGUUAAAAGUGUUGGAUUGUACCUUUAACUGAGGACAGGAAGGGAACAUCUGGAUUUUCUCUCUUAUCUCAGUUUUUUCCCCGUCGGAUGUGAAGAAAAGCGAAGGAGCGUGGUGGAGGGAUCCGGAUGAAGGGAUGAGUGAACGAGCGGAGAGGGAGGCAGUCAUGGAGUCUGUUGAGAGUGACAGAAUGCGCACUCGGCUUGCCCGCUCCCAAAACUUCUCGGAAGUCUCUAGAACCUUGCAGAACGGGAGAACGUACUGGAGGUUGGCGUGAGCUAACAUGAGAACACUGCACCCAGAACUCUGUUGUUGUUGUGACUACUACUGGGACCCACUCACGUUCUGUCUCUACAGAACGGGAACCGGAGCCCUUGUUACAGGACUGUGUACCAAGGACCUCUGCUUCUGUUGGUCUUAGAUACCCUAAAGAUCUACACCUCAUCGGAUUUUAUCUCUGUGUAGAUCUCCUCAGACCGGACCAGAACAGACUGGAUCAGACCAAACCAGACCAAACCCGUCUGAGCAAAUAGGACAGGACGGGACGGAAGGGAUGGUGUGCCGGUGUCAGAGUGGUGGCGGAGGCAGGACCGCCGGGUAUGCUGGGAUGCGGUUGGCAACAUUGGUGUGGAUCGUCUGCUCUGGUUGGUUCUUCUGGUCCGCACACGCUCAGAUGAAGAUCCCCCCAGAAACUGUCCAGCAGUGGGCUGAGUCGUUUGGUAAACAGAUACUGGCCCUGUCGACCAAGUACUCUGGAGCACAGCUUCUGCAGAAGAAAUACAAGGAAAUCCAGGGAGUGGUGAGGAUGGAGGAGGUGGAUGGAGAAGAGCUGGUGGAAAGCAUAGCAGAUGAGAUGGAGAACAUGUUGGGGAGGAAAAUGAAGAGUGUGAAGAGGUUGGCUGAAUCAGCAGAGGACGCAGAUCUGUACCAUGAAUACAACGCCACUCUCGAGUUUGACUACUACAAUUCCAUGAUGAUAAACAAUGUAGACGAUGACGGCAAUGCGUUGGAGCUGGGCUCAGAGUUUCCUCUGGAAGAGAAUGAACACUUCAACAAGCUUCCUGUCAACACUCUGCAGAGUGACAUACAGGUGCCCACCAAUGUGUACAACAAAGAUCCAGGCAUUCUGAAUGGAGUGUACAUGUCAGAGGCCCUGAACGACAUCUUCAUCGAUAACUUCCAGAAGGACCCCACGCUGACCUGGCAAUACUUUGGCAGCGCCACUGGUUUCUUCAGGAUCUACCCUGGAAUCCAGUGGACCCCAGACGAGAACGGAGUGGUGACCUUUGACUGCAGGAACAGGAACUGGUACAUCCAGGCCGCAACCUCUCCAAAGGACAUUGUGAUUGUGGUGGACGUAAGUGGCAGCAUGAAAGGCCUCAGACUGACCAUCGCCAAGCACACCAUUAACACCAUUCUGGACACACUGGGGGAGAACGACUUUGUCAAUGUCAUUGCUUACAGUGACUAUGUCCAAUAUGUGGAACCCUGCUUCAAGGGAAUCCUGGUACAGGCUGACCUGGACAAUCGAGAG